GCACGAGCCCUUCGAACCUCAACGUGGUCCACUUGCAUGGCCUAUGCUCAUCUUGGAUGCGCCAGGAUAAGCCUUCUCUUGUGGAGCUCUUUCGCCAGGACCAAGCCCGCGUAGACUACAUCCACCGCCAGGCAUCCAACGCCACUGCCCGCCUAAACCCUAUUGGCAACUCUCUUUUUGCAAGAGUUCCGGCAACCAUUAAUUAUGAUAUUAGUCGCUAUAGUCAUAUCAUCAACAUAGGCCUAGGAAUUCCUACCAAGUUCUUCUCAUUUACGUUUGACAUCGGCAUUUUUGACUUCGUCUUUGGUUGUGGACAUGACAACACUGGAACUUUUGGACAUGCAGAUGGGUUAUUAGGCCUCGGUCGGGGGCCUCUUUCAAUUAUUAACCAAACACCUCAAUUGUAUAACAAAAUAUUCUCAUAUUGUCUACCAUCAAGGCCCAAUACAAUUGGAUAUCUAGAACUAGGUAGCUCAGUCCUUGGUGUGAAGUAUACACCGAUGCUAACAAAACUAGAAAUGCCAUCAUACUACUUCCUCAAUCUCAUUGACAUUUCAAUUGGUGGUGAAAGGCUUGGCCUUCCACCUACUAUAUUCAGCGGACCUGGAACUAUGUUGGACUCUGGCACAGCAUUUAGCCACCUACCGCCUAGUGCAUACUCCACCCUUCGCAACAUUUUCCGAAACUACAUGAGAAAUUACACGAUGGCGCCGCCAAUGUUCAAUCUUGACACAUGUUAUGACAUCUCUAACUACCCGAUGGUGUUGGUGCCAGAGGUUUCAUUGAUCUAUGAUGGCAAAGUGACGACAAAGUUAGAUUCCACAGGGAUACUUUUCGUGUUCAAUAAAUCUCGAGCGUGCUUUCCCUUUACUCAAAAUAAGGAUGAUAGUGAAGUUGUGAUCAUUGGUAGUAUGCAGCAUCUCACGUUUAGUGUAGUCUAUGAUGUGGGGAACUCACAAAUUGGCUUUGGGGCUAAUGGUUGUAGCUAG